AUGAAGGAAAACUUUCCUUAUUGGACAUCUGAAAAUAAAGUGAUCGAUAAAUUAAUUCGUUAUACUCAACUUUAUGCCUCUCAAACUUAUGAUUAUUUGGAAUGGUUCCCGUUCGAGACUUUUGAAAUGGUCAGAUACAUCGGCAGUGGUGGAUUUGGUAGCGUCUGUUCUGAGGGACAAAGGUGGAAUUGGGAUGAUGGUGCGCAAGAAUGGACUCGAGUUGGACCUACUUCAUCAUGUUUUCUUUUAUGGAAAGUGGUUUUCCAAAUAAUAAUUCAGAAAGUAAUAUUAUGCUGGAGAAAGACUGAGGAAGUAGGAAUCUCAAAUACACCCCCGAAACGAAAAUGA